UUAAUAUCCAGACAGUGAGGAAGCUGUGAAUUAUAACUAUCCUAAACAAGCGAAUGAUUUCUUGCACUUUAAAGGAGAAGAAGUCUACUUCUGCAGUCAGUCUCAACAUGCUGGCUCCUCUCUAUCAUUAAACGGAGAAAUUCCGCUCAUAAUUGAGUUAACAACUGGCUGUUCUAAGAACAGCCAGUUGUUAAUCAACUCAGAUAGGAAUUCGAGCUCUGACUUACGUGCAGUGAGCCUUGAUGUUAUUAGACGGCCGAUUUUCCUAUAUCCAGCCAAUAUAAAGACUAAUGAUUUUGCCUCUCCGAAUAAUGAGGACGUCAAACACUCUCGUAUGUACAGGAUUUUUAAAAAGAGGGGCGAUUUUUGCUCUUUGCUUAUUUGUGUUUUGCGAAUGGUUUAUUUACUACUUGGUGAUACUUCAAUGUUCGUGGCCCGAAUUUACUAUCGAGGAACAUGCAAAGCCUUCCGAACCUCUCAAGACUAUGCUACUGACCGAUACACACUUGUUAGGGUCAAAAGACGGCCACUGGUUCGACAAACUGCGGAGAGAAUGGCAAAUGGAAAGAGCGUUUCAAACGGCUGUGUCCUAUUUCAAACCAGAUGUCGUCUUUUUACUUGGAGAUCUAUUUGAUGAGGGUCUGAAAUGCAGUGACGAGGGCUUCUGGUGAUCAGCAUCUUUUUCAACGAUUUUCAGCAGAGUUUGACUCUCCCUCUGUAAAACUACUGAAUAUAAGAGGAAACUUGUUUGUCCUCAUAAACUCCAUAGCACUGCAAGGUGAUGAAUGUUCUAUGUGCUCUGAGGCCAUGACUCAACUGACCAGUGUGGCAGACAAACUGAACUGUCACAGACAGAGGUUUGGGAAAAAGGUCUAUGAAGAUGUGCUCAAGAAGGAGAAGACAACAUGUGAACUACCUAAGAAUUCUCCUGCUCCAAUACUCAUACAGCAUUUUCCGUUGUAUCGUCGAAAUGAAAAGAGAUGUACAGGUGUUGAUGCUCCUCCUGAUGAAGAAAGGCGCUCCACAAACAGAGAGAAAUGGGAAGUGGUUUCCAAGGAGAUGUCACAAAAACUUCUGUCGUUACUUCGACCACGACUGGUACUGAGUGGCCACACCCAUCAUGGCUGCUAUCUGGUACACGAUGAUGGUACCCCUGAAAUGACGAUCCCGUCGUUCAGCUGGAGGAAUAGAAAUAAUCCUAGUUUUGUUUUGAGCAUCGUUUCCCCGGAAAAGUUCGCCCUGUCAAAAUGUUUUAUUCCUCAGGAGAGCACAGUAAUUGCAGUGUAUAUCAUAGGAGGAAUCGUGUUUGUAGUAAUGAACUGCAGACUUACAUAUACAUCCCUCAGAACCCGUAGAAAAUUUAGCUCUUGUAUCAGGUAACACAAGAUCUAUCAAUGAAAAAUGGCUUAAGCUUAUUUUUCUGUCCUGAAAAAAGAUGUAUGGCAAAUAAAUUGUAAAUGAGUUUCAAUGAAUCCUAAAUUAAUUGUAAAUACAUUUGAAAAUUGUCGACCACUUUAAGCUUUGGUAUGGGAAACGAAAUAAAACUGAUAUAGAAUAACGGCCUAUAUGCUGGACUUGCAAUCGUUUAUGGUAUAAUGCAUCUGUACAAUUAUAGACAACUAUUUUAUAUACAGAAAUUUGAAAAAGGAUUGGUGAAGUAAGUAAGUAAGUAAGUAAGUAAGUAAGUAAGUAAGCAACUUUAUUUCAACUCAGGUUUAUGAGGCCGCUGACUAGGUCCCCAGCAGUACAAAGCUAAUAUGCCGAUAAAAGUGUAGUAAAGUAUGGUGACCAAGAACUCCAACAGCUAUAACCUAAGGAAAUCCCUGAAUGUUGUACUUAAUAGGCCCAAAACCGAACUGGGUCGUAGGUCCUUUGCUCAUAGAUCUGCAGUAGCAUGGAAUGCACUUCCCGAUAAUUUUAAAGAUUCUCCAAAUUUAUCUAUUUUUAAAUAUAACUUAAAACAAUCCAAGCAAACUGUCAUGAAUAUUAAUUUUGAAAAGGGAAGUAAUGUUAUACAAAACAUGAAACCAAACUUUCACUAUUACUAAAAUUUUAUGGUUUACUUAAUUUAUUCAACUUAUAAAUUCUACCAUGUCUGUGUUUUGUAAUAAUAGACUAUUUAGUUUAGGCAGGUCCACAUCAGCUGUAAAGUUGCGCAAAUUUUAACCUGCGUUAUCAAAUAAAGUUAUGUAUGUAUGUAUGUA